AUGCCUCGACAAAGACCAAGGAAUGCUCCAUUCAGACCUCAACAAAAGGUGUAUGGCCCCCCCCCACCAACACGUGAGGAGGAGUGUGCCAAAGCAAAUGACUUGAUCGAGAUUCUCAAGUCCUUUGGAUGCUUUGAGAGCAACGUGGAGCUGAGACACAGAGAGCAUGUGGUCCAGAGACUGCAGUCACUGUUCAGAGAGUGGCUCGUAGAGAUGUGUCGGGAAAAGAAUUUUCCAGACAUCAUCCCAGAGAGGGUUGGAGGGAAGCUCGUCCCUUUCGGCUCCCAUCACCUGGGGGUCGCCUCGAAAGGUGCCGACAUAGACAUCCUCUGUGUGGGACCGGGUUUCCUCCAGAGGAAGGACUUCUUCUCCUCUUUUGUUGGAAAACUGAAGAGGCAGAGAGAGGUCAAAGACAUAAGAGCCAUUGAAGAGGCGUUCGUCCCUGUGGUCAAACUGAGCUUUGAAGGAAUUGAGAUAGACUUAGUGUUUGCCAGGGUGGCCAGGAAUAGAGUCCCAGAGGGAAUGGACCUGCUCCGAGAGGAUUGGUUGCAGGGGAUGGACAUCCAGUCCGUGAGGAGUCUGAACGGCUACAGAGUAACAGAGGAGAUCCUCAGGCUCGUGCCCAAUAUUCAGAACUUCAGACUCGCUCUGAGGACCAUAAAGCUCUGGGCCAAACAAAGAAACAUCUACUCCAACUCUUUGGGUUUCCUGGGCGGCAUUUCCUGGGCCAUUCUUGUAGCCAGAAUCUGCCAGGAGUACCCAGCCGCCUCAGCCUCCACCCUGGUCACAAUGUUUUUCAAGGAGUACAACAUGUGGAAGUGGCCGAACCCCAUCAUGUUGAGGGAGUUAAAAGACUGUCAUUUCAACCUUCCUGUGUGGGAUCCAAGGGUUAAUCAGGCAGACCGCUCCCACACUAUGCCCAUCAUCACGCCGGCAUACCCAAUGCAGAACACUGCAUUCAAUGUGACUCCCUCCACCUUGGCCAUCAUGAAGGAGGAGAUCCAGCGCGGCCACACUAUCGCCAGCUGGUCCAAACUCUUUGAGAAGCCCAAUUUCCUCAGGAAGUACAAGUAUGUAAUAAUCUGCCCAAAGAUGAACAAAACACACAGCCCUUCUUAAAUAUGGACAUUUCCAAUUAGUUCAUCAGUCCUUCUUAGCUCUGAUAUUUGAAACGUAUACAUGUU